GGCCGCGACCCGCCCGAGCCCCACCUGGCCCGCGGGCGGCGCUGCCCUGCCCUGGCCCCGCGGCCGCUGCGGGGGGCGCCGGCCGCGCUGUGUCGGAGAUGAGAGAUCAAGGCCAGGUCAGGGAGAGGCCCAAGGACAGCCUCCCUCGGAGACCCCUGGUCGGGGGGCCCGGCCUUCUGACAGGCCAGGAGGGCCCCCUGGAAAUGUGAUGAAGCGCUCGCCGGAUGGUCCUCCAGCCCCGCCAGUGACCCCUGAGGACCCCGGCCCCCUCCACCAGCAAACAAGGGGCGGGCGGGGGCAUUUGGGACAUCCUGCGGGAUCUCAGCGGUAGAACCGAGCAGGGAUCGCCGGGCGCCCCGCUGAGAGGGCCCAGCUGACUCAGAUUGGGAACCAGCUGACUUUGGGGUCUGGCUGGGGAGCCCACCGCCACCCCGGGGCGCGCGAGCCGACAGCCAGGGCUCCAGGGCUCCAGGCCCGCUCCGAGUUGGCUCCUGGUUGUGUCAGGGAGUUUCCCUGGCGGCUCCGCGUGCUCGGAGUGGGAGGGAACUUGCCAGCUGCCCCUUUCCAGGAAGGGUCAGGACCUGCCCGGGGCCGCCAGCUCCGCUAACCGCUAUGCCGCUGCCUCUGCAGGUGGGGUGGGAACCACCUUGGCACCUCCGGGCUGCUCGCCGUGUGGCCUUCUUUAGAGGCUGAGGUUUUUUCAGUUUCGGUUUGUCUGGGGGCCACUCCCGGUGGAGAGGGCCCCCAGGUCAGUGGCCAGUGCCCGCUGCUGUCCUGUCGCGCUGGGACGGGCUGGAGUUGGCCCGUGUGCAUCUGCUUCCAGAGGCAGCGCCACGAGAGGGCAGUGAGGGAGUGAGAGUGGGGUCCGCCCCCCAGGCAGGAAGGGGCCCCACGCCUCAGCUCUGGCCGGAGUCGGGGCCCGAGGGCCCUCCGUGUCGCCAAACAGAGGACGCUGUCCCAGUGAGCCGUCAGCGUGGACGGCAGGGACAGGCCCCGAGCCCAGCACUGCCUCUUUCCCCAGGCACAGCGUCUGGGCAGGAGGGGCUGCCGCCCAGCAGGCCAGAGGCCGCCUCCCCACCCCACGUCCCGCCUCCGGGUUGCAGACACGUCCAGGAGCCGCUCGUGGCCGGGAUGGGCCGCCCGGGGCGCCUGCGGGGCGCGCAGCCAGGGACCUCUGCGGCAGGGCCGAGCCGGCACCUCGGGGCCCCCCGGUGAGGGCGUGACUCGGCAGAACACGCCAGCACCGCCUGCCCGCCUGCGCCUCCUCGCCUGCUAGAAUGUUCCUCAUGAACGCGCCCCCUGUGCUCGCUCUGCAGUCCAGAUGGGAGGCCUUCCGCCCGCCCGGGGGCUGUAGGGCUCCCGGCUGCUUCUCGGGGCCCGCGGGGGGCGCCGCGGUGAGCACGGGGGUGCAGAUGCUCAUCCGCACGCUGCGCCGAGGAGACCCCGCGGCCCCGGGCGCGAGCCCCGCGCGAGGCCCGCAGAGACGCCAGGGGCCCGAGCGCCCCGCCCCGCCCACGCCACCGCCACACGACUCGGCGUCCAGUGCUCCCGCUUCUGCCGACCCCCACCCAGCCGGCGGGGAGGGAGCCACAGACCCGGGCCCCCCCGCGCCGGACUCGGACAGCGACGACUCGGUGGACAGGGGCAUCGAGGAGGCCAUCCAGGAGUACCUGAGGGCCAAGGGCAGCGGCCCCCGGCCCCACCACUGCCCCCAGCAGCCCCCGCAGGCCGCGCCGUGUCCCCCCAGACCUGCCCGCCGCCUCGGCGGUGGCCCCCGGAGGGCCUGCGAGCCCCUGGGCUCCGCCUCCCCGGGCAGCGCCAGCAGUGAGGACUCCUUCGAGCAGAGCAUCCACGACGAGAUCGAGCAGUUCCUGAGCGAGAAGCGGCAGCUGGAGGCCCCCGGGGGGGCCGGCUGUGUGGACAGGCAGGAGGAGCCCGCGGAGCUGGUGGCCCGGCCAGCGCCCAGAGCCCGGAAGGAGCCGGAGCUGACCGCGGCAGCCAAGGAGUUCCUCUUCCGGAAACCCCCCAGGCUUGCCAGGGCCCCCGCCCCGCCCCGGAGCCUCCGGUCCAAGGCCACCCCCGACCCGGGGCCCGGCAGCACCAGGCCCACCGCCUGCCGCUCCGCUGAGCCAGCCCAGCCCAAAGGCGGGGUCCGGAGGGCCAGCGGCCCCCUGCGGAGGGGCAGGCGCGGCCCGAGCGCAGCCGUGGUGCAGGAGGCGCCCGACUCCAGCAGCGACGACGGCAUCGAGGAGGCCAUCCGGCUCUACCAGCUGGAGAGGAGGGGGGGCGCCGCGCCCCAGAGCCGCGGCAGGGCGGCGGCCGGCACGAGGAGGCCGCUGGCCGGGAAGGCCCCGGAGCCCGGCCCGCCCGCCAGGCCGCCCGCAGCCCCCGGCAGAGGCGAGGCGGGAGGGCGGGGCUCGUGCCCGGCCGACGCGUCCACCGAGCUGCUGUGCGCCGAGGCCAUCCUGGACAUCUCCAAAGCCAUCCUGCCCGCCCCCACCGAGGGCAGGGAGCGCGCCCCAGCCUCGGGCCCGCCCGCCCCCCCGCCACGCGUGCCUUCCAGCUCGGACGGGGGCGGCAGCUCCGUGGACAGCGACGACGGCAUCGAGCAGGAGAUCCGGACCUUCCUGGCGCUGAAGGCGCAGGCAGGUGUGUCCCCGGCCCCUGUCCUGGGCCCCCCGGGCCACGCUGGCGGCCUCCGGGCCCCCCUGCCCCGCUCCCUGGCCCUGUCGCUGAGCCGCAAGAGACGACGCAGAGCAGGUGGACACGGGCCAGCGCCGGCCACCCCCAGGGAGAUGCCACUGGAGGGGGCCCGGGAGGCCAGUCCCCAGCUGGGGCGGGCGAGCGAGACCCCCGCGAGGGAGGGGGAGAGCAGGGCCCACGCCCCGCUCCCCAGGACAGCGGGGCCCGGGGACGAGCUGGCGGCCCCCAGCGCCGUGUCCCUGGGCACCGCCAGGGCGGCGGAGAAGGAGAGCUCAGACGACAAGAGCAGCUCGCUGGACAGCGACGAGGACCUGGACACGGCGAUCAAGGACCUGCUGCGCUCCAAGCGGAAGCGCAGGAAGGGGUGCGGGGACCCCCGGGCCGCGCCCUCCCUGAAGGUCCGGCUGGGCCCCGCGCCCAAGGUCCUGUACCGGCUGGAGGGGCUGCGAAGGCCCUGGAAGGACAAAGGCCCGGCGCUGUGGAGACGCCGCUGCUUCCCGAGGCCCAGGGCCGCCCGGGGGCCGUCUCGGGAGCCCCCGCCCAGCAGCGCCCCCCGUGGGAGCCCGGGGGAGGAGGCCGGCGCCGAGGGCGGGCCCCUGGGGCUGCCCACCCAGAGGGGCCCGGAGGCGGCCCUGUUCUCGGGGCCCCGGGAGCCGCGUGGCCCCGUGCCGAGCCCCAGCUCCGCGUCCGAGGGGGACAGCAGCCCCGUGGACAGCGACGACAGCAUCGAGCUGGAGAUCAGGAAGUUCCUGGCUGAGAAGGCCAAGGAGGCCCUGGGGGGCCCCGGCGACGGCCCCCGGCCCGAGCCGCUGUGCCGGAAGGCCCUGCCCGCCAGCGUGUGCACCCGGGGCCAGCGGGGCCGGGGGGCCGCCAGCCCCGCGGGCUCCCUUGCUCCGGCCGGGAGGAGCAGCCCCCGCGGCGAGCUGGCACCCCCCCGGGGCAGCAGGGGCUCGCCGGGCAGCCGCAGGCCCUUCUUUGCCCCCCGAGACCAGAGCCCCCGCGUGGCCGAGCCUGCGGCUGGGGACAGCGCUCCAGGGACACUCACGGGCUGCGGUGCCGCGGCCGUCCCGGCGGAGAGCUGCCCGGGCCGGAGCCCCCUGAGCCGGGGGCUGGCAGCCGACAGGGACCCUGGAGCCCCCGGCGGCCUGGCGCUCCCGUGGGCAGAGCUGGCCCAGCAGAACCGGCUGCAGAGCCUGUGGGCCCUGGGCCCCGAGGGCGGCGGCGGGGGCUGGGGGGGCGCCGAGGGCCAGGCCAGGGGCCUGCCCGGCCCGGCUCUGGGCCCCAAGAAGGGCCUGCCCUUCGCCGGCUUCUCCCCGCUGCUCCCCACCCAGCUGUUCCACUUCGGGAAGGGCGUCUCCUGGGGGGGCAAGCCUGCCGGCCUCUUCAGCAGCCCCCUGGGCGCGCCCCUGCAGGGACCCUCCUUCUCGGGCUUCCGGGGGGCCCAGGCUGCCCAGGGGCCCGUGUUCGGCAGCUCCCACGUGCUCCUGAAGAAGGACGGGGGCCGUUGGCCGCCCGGGAGAGCCCAGGCCGGGCGCGACGCCAGGCACGGGGGCCCUGAGGGGGGCGCCGUGGGCCUGCGGCGUGGGGGGAGGCCGGCGUCCAGGGAGGAGGACGAGCAGGAGGCCCUGGGCAGCGGCGCCAGCGACCUCAGCGACAGCUCCGUGGAGGAGGGCGGGCACGGCCCGCUGGCCAGGGGCAAAGUGCUGGAGCUCUGAGAGCCCUGUGCCACCCCCCGCGGCCCCUCGUCCUGUUUCCAUGGCCGGAAGCGUUUUUAUUUAACGUGUGUGUGCUGGUAAAUAUGAUUUUUGUAGCUUUUUUGUAAAUUAUUUAAAGUGCUGUACAAAAUAUUUUUGGGAGAUAGAGUCGUUGGCUUUUGUAGGACGUUCCCCGCUGCCCCUCCUGCCCUCCCCGAGCCCGUCUCGGUGGCAGACCCCGAGCUGGCCGCACGGCGGGGGCUUCCUCAGGGAGCAGCUUCCCCCGGACACACAAUCGCACCCCCAGGAAACACAGUAAAGCACAAUGGCCGCGGGGCCGCCCUGCUGGGUCACCCCGGCUGUCUCAGUCGCCUCGGCUGUCUCAGUCGCCUCGUGGCUUCAGUCCCUGGCUGGCUGCGGGGAGGGCAGGGGCGCAGGGUCCUGUGGUCUCUCGCCCCUGCAGUGGCAGGGGGGUCGCUGAGUCCCAAGCAGUGGCCCCUGCGGCCCCCAGCCGGGAGGGGCCUCUGAGCUUGAUGUCUCCGCACAGCACCGGGGCCACUGGGCCUGCGCCAAGCGCGUCCAGACCCCGGGCCCGCGGCGGCUCCCUUCUCCCUCAGGUGACGGACCGACCAGCAGACCCAGACGAGCCCUCUGGGGAGCGAAGGACCCGUUCCCGAGGCCAAUAAACCCGUUUCUGCUCAUGC